AGAUACGCAUGUGUACUCUGUUCCUUAUACACAAGUUUCGUUUUGCUUUUCAUCUCGUCCAGACGCUCAAUUCUCUCGGCCAGCGGUGUCCGGCAAAUUUCGAAGGGAAACGCGAAUGAAACAACUGCAUCGCGUCGUACACGUUUCUCGCUAACACGUUUAUAGCUAAACGCUUCAAAGCAGGUGACAUGUCACUGUUUGCCUGCUGCAUACGUCGGAAUCAACGAGAAAUGGAAAAUAAUCGUCAACAGACUUUACUGAAAGAACCACCGGAAAUAUCAUGGGAGAACACGCUUGGCGCCCCGGAUGGCGUUCCAUUCGAUGACGAAACAAAGGAAUUACUUAGGAGAUGCAUCGACGUAUCGACACCCACACCUACGACUUUGGCGCAGAUCAUCAAGCGAAGCGAGGCCUUUCCUAUAGAUUUUCCCACUAACACCGUAAGAUGUUCCACGCUGAGGGACAGUGGAAUUAACGCAAGCACCCUCGAGAUGAACGCGAAUUCGGUUUAUCCUCUGAUACACGAGGCGAUGUUACCGUUGCUAGCUCGAUGGUUGAAGUACAAACGGCAAUAUGGUAGCGCGAUCGAGAGAGCCACGUACAAGGACAUGGGUCUGGUGCAAUUUAUCCACCGUUUGAUAGAGAAACGUGCGGUACAUUUCUACGGGUCUAACGAUCGAUGGAAAUUGAUCGAUGGUAAGGCGGGCGUGGAAGGAUGGGAGAAUGUUGGCACGGAUCACGAGAAAGAACCCUUGGUGUUGACCAAAUGUUUGUCGUACGACGAGAUCAAAUUGUCCUCGAUGAUGGCGAUGUCUUCCCACUCUGAAUUUAUAAAUGACGGCUCGCGAGAUAACCGAGGCAUUGUGAAUAUCGAUCCAGACUCUGUACAGCCGAGAGGAGUGAUUAUAGGUGUUGUGGGAACAAGAUACGGACCACAGUCAGCUGGAGGUUCGGAGGAAACACGCGAGUUCCGUGUUUUGUGGGCAAAAUUUUAUGGCGAGGAAUACCACCCGCUGUACGAGGAGGCGCUGAAACGAAUUAAAUCGAAAGAGAACAGAAGAUACCUUUCGCUGAACAGCCAGACGGUCUUUGACGUGGAGAAUUACAUGAAAAGAACACUGCUCACCGUGGAGAUCGUGCUUCUCGAAGCAAAUACACGGGCGGAGAAACAAAACACGACUGCUUUCUUGCAUGUCGUGGGUUUUGGCCUUGGCGUGUGGAAAGUAACUCAAGAGCAAGAGAUCUAUUUUCUAAAGACAUUCGAGAUUGCCCUGAGGAAGAUGAACAAGAAACUGAGAUACGUGUCCGACAUCAUGUUCGCGUACUUCCAGCAGCGAAAGUGCGGCGACGCCGGAAACGGCGACUACCUCGGAGAUAUAAAGAUUCACUUCGCUCUCAGAGAGCCACAGAGCAAACUGAUCAAGGCCUCGGACGCGAAUAAACUUCUGGUAGUGACGUACGCGUGGGAUGGAAACUCGUUGCCAGGAAACGAAUUCUGGAGCGGUCACUUGACAUCGAGCGGGGAUCCAGCGGCGGCGUGUAGCAGCCAGAUCGCGGAAUUGCACACCUUCAGAAUAAAUCCCCGAGCAUGUGGCGCCAGCUUGCACGAAAGGGCUGGCCCGUUGGGCACCAGUCAACGAAGACCAUCACGAUCUCCGCGUAGUCAAAGGAGUCGUAGCGCAGAUGUCGAUUGCUUGAAGAAGUACACAGAAAGACGAGUAGAGGAGAGAAGGCACACAGAGAUACCAGACGCGAGCAAGCUCGAUCCAUCCAGAUGGAUCCCAUUGCCGAAAAAUAUCACGCGAAUCCAACCGGCACUGAAGAAGUCGCCGCAGCCGUCGAGGGACGAAGAGAAACGACGUUCGGUCUCCGGCGAAGCCGAGGAAACCGGCACGGCCGACAGUAAAGGGAACGCCGGCACGCCGAAGAAACUGUCACCCACGAAAGAGGAAGAAACGACGAAAGGAGGAGCCGAAGCAGUAGAGAAGAACGAUACCUCGCCAGCCUCGUACAGGCCGACUGCCGGCAGGAGUCAUAGCGCGGACGUCAGCCACUUAAAGAAAGAGAAACUAAUCGAGGAACGAAGGCAUACGGAGUGCAGCGACCCCAGAACGAUCGCGACGAGGUUGACAGAGCACAUUUUCCUAUCUCGACACACUGGAUUUCUGAUACCAAAUACCUUUAGGUGGCUACCGCAAAUUAACACCUCAAGGUUCCGCUACGAUGUGUCCCCGUUCACAAGGAUCGGCAACAGCUGCGAAAUCACGAAAAACGCCGCGGCCAGGUGGAUGACGUUCGUGAAGAAUCCGUCCCCUUGUCCGAUACCGCGAAUGAACCCGGAACGAAAGCCCUCCGCGGCGGAAGCAUGCCACGCGGCCGAUGGCUCGCCGCUUAGAAACGUUAAAACCGAGCCGCUUCGAAAAUUCGCGCCGGCUGUGUCGAACAGCGCUGAAUCCAGCCCGAAACAAGGUAAGCAAAUACAUACGUCUCGUCAGUAUUUCUUAGAGAAGGCACGAAUACAUCGGCAAUGCAAUAUUGCAGACAAGUCGGAGCCGAAUCGAGAUUCGUCAACGACCAAGCAUUCGCCCGACGCCAACGAACAAUCGAAAAGGCUCACUCAGCGCAUGCGAGAUCUGUACGACUUCAAAACGGAAAACGAGUGGCCGAAGAGGGCAACGAAUGUUCGACGUGGCAACACGUGGAUAAGCAAAAGCAGCAGCGAAGAGGAAAGGACUGGUCACCCAGUUCGCAGGAAUAGUCAGGACUUGGAAUUCAACGACAGAAUAAACGUGAUCAAGCUGAAGGAUACGAAGGUGCAGUCCGACCACCAAGAGCCCAAACGACCAAGAACUCCGAAGAAAGAGGAGCCGGCACGUUCGAGUGUCGUCGAUGUCUUCAACAGCGAGUACGAGGAACGUUUGAGAAAGUUCAACGAGAGACUCCGAUACAGCGAAGACCUAGGUUCGACGAAGCCAAAGAUGAAGGAAAGGCGAACGUACUCCGACGACUACGACGAGAAAUCUCGUCGUGCUUCCACGCGAUCCGCUCGUACGGAAGGUUCGACGCGUACGACACGGACAGACUCGAUUCGACUGUCGCGGGCAGAAGGCUCGAUUCGAUCGACGAGAUCGACACGCUCGGAAGAUUUGCCAGGGAGUCGCUUCCAAGUCGAGAAGAAGCGGCCUUCCGACGUUAGUAUCAAGUCCAGGGCAAGUUAUGCCGAGGUAACUCCCACGAGGAAGAGAGAUUCCCGCGCGAGCGACGCGAGUUACGCGAGUGUCGCCAACUACUCGAAGAGAGCAAGCGUGGACUGCAAGAGCACGAGAAAAAUGGUGGAACUUCCGCCACGAAGAGCUUUCAGUCAAACGGAAGAGAGGCCAUCGGCGCCGGUUCCGCCGAUAGAAUGGAACGACGAUCGUUACGCGGCUGCUCGCCUCAAACAGAUCGCUGAACGCCAGAAGAGGGACAGCACGAGAUACAAAGUGUACCUG